ACUGUGCAUUACGCAUGGUUAGGGGAGCACGAUUGACCUAAAAAAGGAGGGAAGGAAGGCAGUAAAAAGAGCGCGCCACCUGUGCAAGUCCCUCAGAGAUUGAACGGUGUCCACCACCAACAGCAGCAGCACACAGGAAGGAACCUUCCUCUCCUUUUUCCCUCCUUCCCUCCCUCCAUUAAAACCCUCCCUUCAAAAAUCUCCACCUCCACCUUCACCUUCACCUUCACCUCUCUCUGUUUCUCUCUAUCGUAUGGACAACUUGGACGGCUCCGCUACCCCAACGGCGAGCGCCUCCGCCUCUUCCGCCGCCGCCGCCGCCCGCGCCAGCCACUACGCCCUCAACGGCAAGAUAAUGCUCUGCACCGUGGUCGUCCUCUUCGUCGCCGUCUUCGCCAUCCUCGGCUUCCACAGCUACGCCCGCUGGUCCAUCCCCCGCCGCCGCCGUGUCCGCCAGCGCCGCCGCUCCGCUCCGGCAGCCGCCAACUCGUCCUCCGGCGGCGGUGGCGGCGGCAGCGGCCUCGACGUGUCCGUCCUCAAGUCCCUCUCCGUCUUCACUUUUGCGGGCUCCGGGAACGGCGACGUUGGCCAGUUGGUCGAGUGCGCCGUUUGCCUGUCGGACUUCGAGGACGGCGAGACGGGCCGUCGUUUGCCCGAGUGCGAGCACGUCUUCCACGCAGACUGCAUCGACACGUGGUUCGAGUCCCACUCGAGCUGCCCGCUCUGCAGAGCGCCGGUCCAGGAGGACGUUCAGGCAGCUACGGAGGUGGCUCCACCGGAGGACGUCGGCGCCGCUGCCGCGGCACAGGGGGCGGUUUGGUUAAUUGAGGUUUCCGAGGAUGAGACGAGCAUGAGUUCGUCCUUGUCUCUGUCACCGAUGUCGUUGCCGUCUUGUUGUGGUUCUUGUUCUUCGCCGCCACCGCCGAGAAAGGCGGUUGAGUUAGAGGAAAUAACGGUGGAAGAGCCGCCGCCGCCGCCGCCGCCGCCGCCGAUGGAGGAGAGACAUAAGGAGUUGGAGAAAAUGGGUUUGCCCGAACGAAAUCGGUCCAAGUCCCCGGGUUAUCGGAUCCUGUCCUUGAAAAGGAUCUGGAGUAUCUAGUCGGGCAAAAAGUGUUCCUUUUUUUAUAUUUUUAUUUUUACUUUUUGCUCUUUCCUUUUUGCUUUUAUGUAAUUUCUUUUUUUAAUCUUAGUCCUUUUUCUUUC